GGGGUUGGGCGUGGGAUUAAUCAAACUUACUCGCACGGUAGGUCAGCUCUGUCCCGUGGACGGGCUGGGCUGCCGGUGCAGCAUGCAUUCUACGCCGUAAGCCUGUACGCUGGUGUCAUUGCCUGCCAUCGUACUGCUCAGAAGCUGAUGGUAGUGUGGGAGUGUCCCUCUCACCCCCGCAAGCUGUUCCCAUUGAAUCACCGGAAUGGAAUAGGCCCGAGGGUCAGGUCAUUGACAUAGCUAUUGCUGUCCUCGUCGUAAAAACAGUUCAGCUUCAAAAUAUAUAAUAUCCCUCUACGUCCAUCAUCGAUCAGACUCAGUACUGGCAGCAUAUUAGCAUAUCUUUCUUCGACCCAACAGCUCGCAGCAUGGCCGAAAUAUCGAUUCCCAAGACACAAAUUGCGGCCCUGGUGCCUAAGCAGGGCGGACCGGUGGAUUUCGACGACAAAUACCCCGUCUCCAUGCCUGGACAGGAUGAGAUCUUGGUCAAAGUGCUAUACACUGGUGUCUGUCAAAGUGACCUCCACACGAAAGCAGGCACAGCGACAGGCGCCGACGGCAAACCCAUUACCAACAUCAAGCUGCCUCACGUCGGAGGCCACGAAGGAGUAGGACGUAUCGUUGCAUUCGGGCCCAACCUCUCGCCAACCAAGGAUCUCCAGCUCGGCACGCUGGUCGGCAUCCGCUUCGCCUCACGAGUGUGCCAUGAGUGCGAGUACUGCGUGUCAGGACGCGAGCAACACUGCACGAACUCGACGAACCAUCUUCACCACGAGGAUGGGAGUUUUCAGCAGUACUGCGUGCUCGACACAAAGUACUUGACGACAUUACCGCAGGACAUCGACCCAACUGUAGUUGGGCCUUCGUUGUGCGCUGGCGUCACCGCAUACAAGGCUGUCGUCAAUGCGAACCUCAAACAAGGGGAGUGGUUGACUGUGAUUGGCGCGGGUGGUGGCCUGGGGCAUUUCGCAGUACAAUAUGGCCUCGCGCUAGGUGCGAACGUGCUGGGUAUCGACGCAGGUGGCGGGAAGAAACAGUUCAUCGAGUCCCUGGGAGCCAGAUUUCUGGAUUUCAGCAAAUGCAAGGAUCUGGCACAGGAGGUGCAAAAGAUUACAGGUGGUGGGGGCACUCAUGCCGCGGUCGUUACCAGCGGGCACCCGUUGGCCUUUCGUAGACUGGCCGACAUGAUCAGAGUUGGUGGAUCUUUGUCACUUGUCGGUAUCCCGCCUGGCGAUGUGUGUCUGGACACACCGGUCGCCACAAUCGUGAUCAAGGGCUUGAAAAUCCAGGGAAAUUUGGUAGGGUCUCUGAAAGAAACUCUGGAAGCCGUCGAGCUGGUUCGAAACGGCAAGGUCAAACCCCAUGUCCAAAUCCGACCAUUCCGGGACCUGCCACAGGUGUAUGACAUGCUGGAGAAGGGCGAUAUACCUGGUCGAAUCGUGUUGGAGAUGCCGUAAUAGUGAAGAUGCAGCCACGAUUCCGGGGAGCGGACAACCAGAAGCUGAAGUGAGGUGGCGGACUUGCAGUCUUUUUGCGGGUCGGACGGUCUCGGGAGGUCAACGGCAGAAUGGCCGCUUCGGUCCUUCUGCGAUCGCUGUUCGCAU